AUGGAUGCCAAUUCCAGCGACGGCAGUAUUAUUGUUAACAUCGCAAAGCGGAAACUUGGCGGAGUGGGUUUUGUGACGAGUAAGCGAAGCGAAAGUCCUUACCUCGUUGUGUCGCACGUCGUCAAGGGAGGAGUAGCUCACGAGACGGGUUUGAUACAAACUGGGGACGUAAUUCUUGAAGUGGAUGGGAAGUCUGUGGAGAGCAUGCCAUACCAUAAGGCGUUAGAGAUUAUCGACAAAGUUCCCACCGGCGAGGUGAUGGCGAUGAAACUACGCGCCAAGGACGGGUUUCAAGCGUACCUAGAAACGGCCUUCGACGACAAAGGUGCUGUAAAGACGGUGCGAAAAAACAGGCCACGAACGCCAAGUACUCCAAAAGCUAACAAGGACUUGAACGGAGAGCUAAAUGGUGAAUCACAUAUGGAUCAAGCACAAACCACCCAAGUAGGGCCAGUUUCUACAAGUGAAGAGGCAGGAAAAAAGCAUCAUGUUGAGAACGAAGAUCCUGAAGCGCCACCGUCUCAAACUAUGGCCAACGGACAUCCAGAAAACGAAAGUGAAAUACUCAGUGAGUCACUCCAAUCCAAAGGUUGCCCGGUCACCAACUUUUUGUCAAAACCACAAAAUCCAAAAUAUGUCAGGUUACAGAAUCUCCUCGAUGGCAAGUACACGACGGACACUCUACAUCAAAAGGCCAUGAUUGUAAGUUGCAACUUUUGUCCCUUAAGCGUGUCUAAUGGUAGUUAUCCUGAUUGCGUAUUGGUAAGCAAACAGUUUCAAAAGAGCUUAAUGAUUAUCCACUUAGCCAUCGCCACCCACUUCUAACUCAAAAUUUAUGACCUGUCCUUGAAUUGUUGUAAACAUUUUCAGUACGCUGUUUUGAUAAAAAUUUUUGAUAAAAAAAGUGGUGGACGGUAAAAUUAGCAAACAGGAGCUCCUCUCAGAAAAUAUAUCUUCGUGAAUUCCGAGAAAUUCUCUUCCCCGUCCAACCAACAACAUCAUUUAUUGAUCAAUAUUGCUAGCAAAUAUUUUUCCGGCUUUUCCAAAUCAAUAGCAAAAAUAACGAAUUCAGUAGUGUUGAGUGAACACUAUUGUCACUAAAUAUUUUCAACAGAAUUCUCAAGGCACGGGUUCGAAUCCCGUCGAAGCCUGAAUUUUUUCAGGCUUCUUAUUUGCAAUUCUUUAAAUUUUAAUCCACCUGUGAGGCUUCACUUGAUUUUCAUCCACAGGUCGAAUGAAAUUUAUUUCAUCGAAAAUUAUUAUUUUCAAGUUACGUGGAUGAUCCGUCGCGCUCUAAAAAUGAUUCAUUCAACUAUUUUGCUUUUUCUUCUUCCAUUUAUUUAACCCUUUCGCUAGAAGUACGAGGGCUUUGAUACUUUAAAGUUACUGUGUAUGAGGUUGUAAAUGAAUAGAGCCUGAAAUUUGUAAAAACUGUUUGUGGACCGACCGUUAUAAACAACAGCAUCUUUGUUUUUCCAGCCUCUAAACUGCACUGCAGGUCGUUGCUUGGGGUCUUUGAUGCAGCCAUACGGGGGAGAAGCUGCUCCUAAGAGGCUUUAUGGUGUACCGCGGCAACCAGAGGAGGUGAUAGUUCACGCUAAGGAUUUCCUUCAGCAGUAUUACGGAGCCAUGAAACUGUGAGUUUUCGAAAAAAGCUCGAGUAUACAAUGGUACACUGGCGGAAACGCAAAAAAAUUGAGAUUUAAAUCACUCUUCUAAAAUGAAAUACCAAUACCUAAGCCCCAGUUUUAAUGAGCAUUGUUGAAAGAGAAAUAAGAUGAAAAUAACACGAUACAAUAUUAAGGAAAUGAUAUUAAGUGAAGAAAAUCAGUAAUCUUUUCUUUGUGUCGUUGUGUCGCAAGUGUAAAUCAGAACUCAUAUGAAGUACUCAAAUAGUGACAGACGUCUUUACUAGUGCAGUAUUGGCAUUUGAAGACUUGGUACUGACUCUUCUGGUAUGAAAAAGCGUUUAAGAGAACUAAAGUUUUGUUGGGUUGAAUGUGACUGUAAAGUAGUGGUGAAGGAUAUAGAAUUAUUAACAGUAAAAUUGUCUGCAGAGCUACAAGCUAGGGUUAAUAAAGAAAAUGCGCUAACUUUGUGUUAACUUGAUCAUGGUUUGAACAGCCCUUCCUUGAAAGGUUUCUGAUAAAACAAGCUAUCAGGAAAUUGUCCAUCAGUCUUAGCGAAAUUUCAAAUAUUGUAAAUGAGUACCCGAUUCCUUAAUCGAGAUAAGUUCCAUUGGCUGAUUUGUCGUUCCUUUUCUUCAGUGAGAAUAGUUCGGCCCACAAGCUGCGUUUAGGGGAAGUAAUGAAGGAGAUUGAAAAGACUGGGACCUAUGAACUCACAGAAAAGGAGCUCAUCUUUGGAUGUAGAAUGGCUUGGAGAAAUGCCCCUCGAUGUAUAGGACGAAUUCAGUGGAACAAACUUCAAGUGAGUCACUCUGUCUCUACAAGCAGUGUUAAGAGGAAAGCAAAUUAAUGACGAGCUUGAAAAUCAAGGCUAAAUCGUUAAGAAAUUCUACAGCGUCACCUUGCUCCUUUAAUCCUUUAACUUCCAGAAGUGAUUAAUGUGUAACUUCUCCCUGUAAUAUCCAUGCAUUAUCCAGUUCCAAUUUUACUUUGAAACUAUCAGUGUUUAAGUGCUGGAAAAUUUGAAUUGAUUCUUGCGAAAAUUCAGACGUCCCGUCUUUCUUACUUAUUAUGGGAACAGUGCAUUCCCCCAUACCUCUGACGUAAAUUUCUGUCCCAUUUCAAGCUUUUUCAUCACUGAGCUACUGAGGCCAUUGAUUCGUACUUAUGUCAUUUCUUUUUCACAAGAUUUCGUUUCAUUUGUUUUAGGUAUUCGACGCUCGACAUGUGAACACACCCUCCGAAAUGUUCGAGGCGAUUUGUAAGCACAUAAAGUACGGAACGAACAAGGGAAAUAUCAGGUGAUUGUGAAAUAUUUACGUUGUGAUUAUGUACUAUUUUUAGUUCUGCAAGUGUUGUCAAUAUUAUAAUUUUCGGUAAAAAAAUUGAGGAAUAUAUAGCUACAUAACCUGUCACUCGCUUAUUCACCUAUAUCCAGAGCGUACACAUCCGCACGCAUAAGCUUGCCACCAGACUCUCAUAUUAUUAUUAAUUAAAGAGAGCAAGUUAUUUUGCGCCCUACCCGCAGAGCAGGGGAACUGACUUGCUUGCCAGUUCGAGUCAACAAGCAGUGAUCUGCGGUUUCUCUUUUCUCUUAGACAGAAAUUAAUGAAUCUACAGAUGUUGACCUUUAUCCAGCCUUCAUUGUGAUGAACUAUUUCUAAUUUUGCCGCAGCUCGUUCCUGCAACGAAAAGCGUGGCAGUAAGCGUGCUGUAAUCCAGGCCCCGGUUGUUCGAAGGUUGGAUAACGCCACUGGAUAAAUCUCUAUCCGUUAGAUAGCGCAGCACGUUUUGUCGACACUUAUCCGUUUGAUAGCGAUUUAUCCACUGGAUAGCGUCAUCCCCCCUUUGAACAACAGGCCUGGAUCGAGAAAUCUAGGCCAGUUUCGAGUCCUUGCUGAGUCAUUGUAUUGUCUUUAUUUUGGUUGUGCUUCUCUCCACCUAGGAAUAUAGAUAGGUACCUGUAAAACUAUUAAGGAAAUUUGAAAUAUUUAUUUUGGAAAAACCAAUCGGUAACAUUAACAAACAAUUUUAAAUUUUCUUUUUUUUCCUUGUAUCUCUUGAUCUAAGGUCCACGAUAACUGUAUUUCCUCAAAGGAAGACUGCUUUUAAAGACUUCCGCGUGUGGAAUACACAGCUGAUUCGUUAUGCUGGAUAUAAAAAACCGGAUGGUUCGUGCAUCGGAGAUCCUUCAAACAUUGAGUUCACUGAGGUAAAAAAGGAUUUGAAUCAGCCUUGCAUUUAUUUCCCGCCUCCGAAUGCGUCUGGCUCCGAAAACUUGAGUCAGUUCCAGAAAAUGCAGAACUAGUUUGGGUUUUGCUCUUUCGAGCAAAGUUGAGUCUUGCGUUUUCUGUGCUUGUCGGUUUACGUUGGCGGUUAUAGCUACUUGUGUUUUGUUUUUAAGAUAAUAUAUUUUUUUAAUAGAUUUGUCAGUCUCUUGGUUGGGAAGGAAAGGGAGGUCCUUUUGAUGUUUUGCCUUUGAUUCUUCAAGCCAACGGUGGAGAACCCGAAAUGUUCGAGAUUCCGCCUGAAAUCGUACUUGAAGUAGAAAUAAAGCACCCAAAGUAAGUCUUGAGACAUGUUCGGGUAUAAUGGCAGAUAUUUCUCAUAAAUGCUAUUUCUCUAUAUUACAAGGGAGGCAGGAAGAUUUUCUAUCUCGAAGGAAUAAACUUCCAAUGUCACGAUAAAUUGCCAAGGAAUCUUACAUUUCUUACUGCUUAGGUAAUAAACGAUGUAUUUUUUCUUGAUACUGGUAAAUGACACGACAUUUUUUUAACAAUCAAGGAGACUUGUCAAGGAAUAUUAGAUAAAAUUUGUCAGUAUACACGACAAGGCACUUGCGGCGGAAAACUCUGAAGGUUUUAAGGGAAAUUCUUUUCCUACAUGAUUUACUCGACGUAUGUUUUUCUUCAAAGUUAUUUGGCGAGCCAUUUUUUUUCUGGUUAAGAAUACUUGCCCAAGGAAACUUGCCAAAAUAGAUACGGCGUUCCAAAGCAAACUACAGUUCUGUCUUCAUUUUUUAGUGUCUUCAUUCGUUGUCGUCCUCAGUAGUCCAAAAACUUAAAAUAAAUUUUGUUUUCUGUCUGACCCUCCACCAGACGUGAUCAAUUUGAAACUUCUCCCAACAAUAUGAUUGUCUGUGUUUAGGUAUCCGUGGUUUGAAGAGCUGGGAUUGAAAUGGUAUGCAUUGCCCGCAGUCUCUUGUCUUUGCCUUGAUGUCGGAGGAGUAGAAAUACCUGCAUGUCCCUUUAAUGGCUGGUAAGCAUCGCAAAAUACUAGAACGGUAAUUCUAAAGAAAACCAAAAAAAAGGAACGAAAAAGAAACUGGAGCUUAAAUUUGUAAUAAAAAAAAAAGAAACGGUUUUACGUUGACCGGAAUGUAAAUAUUGCUGUACAGUUGUCCUAAAAAGCGUUUGUUUGUCUGGUCGCUGUCUGUAUCUAUUCGUAGGUAUAUGGUUACAGAAAUUGGAGCGAGGGAUUUCGGUGAUACAAACCGAUACAAUAUGCUUGAGGUAGGUUACCAACGAUUUUUUAUAAUUAUUCAUAAUUAUAAGGACACACCAAAGAUUUCAUACAUAUAGCACCUGUGAUACAAAUUGAAUUUUCCUACCAAAAGUUCUAUUUCUAUUCUGUUCUUAACAAACAUUAAAGAGUUUUUCCAAUCGUGAUUUUGUCUUUUCUUGCUCUCUUCCAAAGCCCGUAGCGCAGCGUAUGGGUCUGGACACCAAGAGUAAUGCUUCUCUCUGGAAGGAUCUCGCUAUGGUGGAAAUCAAUGUGGCAGUAAUGCACAGCUUUCAGGUUUGUCUGGACGAUAGCUCUUUCCACUUUAGCCGGUUACCACUCAAGUAGCGAUAAGUGUUACUAUUAGAAAAUCAUACGAAUUUGAAUACAUUUUGAUUUGAGGAAUGUCCGUGUCUGCAGUAUUUCAGAGGAUCUAAAAUUACACAGCGUAACAGAUGCGUGAGUUGUUCGUAGUAUAAAUGUUCUCGUCAGAUGAAGUUAAACGAGAAUUUUUUUACCAUAAUUUCGUCAUUUCUUUUCUAGGAAGCAGGAGUUACAAUGACUGAUCACCACAGCGCUUCCGAAUCUUUCCUAAAGCACCUUGAGAAUGAGGUUCGUGGUCAGUUUGUUUGUAAACUUAAAGCUUAAUAAAUAUUUAUUACACCUAGGUUCCCCAUAGUUAGGAACACUUGGGGGCUAAGAAAACGACUCAAGAUAUCGAGGGCCAGAGUUAUCCUGGGUAAAUUUACACCUUAACGAUUUCAAACUGGGGGAGGGGGGGAUCUUGCACUGGCCUCAUACUAGUUGAAAGAAUUCCUAGUCUUUAUUCAUUACUAUAAAUUACAAAUUCUCCCAGACAGAGAGGGGGUAACAUUUAUCACAGGAUCAUCCCACCCCCCGUUAGCUUUAGGGCUCUGUCACAAGUUAAAGUUUGAGAGUCAAUUGUAACAAAAUAAUGUAGAUGUCUUUGACUUGACUUUAAGAUAAUACUAGGGACCUUUAACAAACCACGACGGCGACGGAAACGAGGACGUGGCAAAACAAAAGAUCUAAUGAGCAGAACAAUAGCUCAAUACGUGUCUUUUAAAACUGUGUACAUUUCUUAGCCAUCCUCUGCAAAAUAGCAACGUGAAACCUUCAAAAUUUGCGUGGUCCGAGAAAAGCCCGGACGGCAAAUUAUUUGUUUCCAUUUGGAACUCAACGCCGCUCUCAUACGUGAUGCUGAGGUUAACUUGCGGCGUCAUAAGAGAUGGUAAACACAUCCAGUCAUUCGCAAAAUUCUAACUGAACAUGUAUAUUCAUUUUCAAAUCGACGUCUUCCUUUGCGUUGCCGUCCUAACUGCUAAAGGUCCCUUCUAUCGGACCAAAAUAGCAUCUUGAAUUCGUAGAUAACAUAACAUUUUACUUAAACUGACACAGGUUAAACUCCGCGGAGGCUGCCCAGGAGACUGGGUGUGGAUUGUACCUCCCAUAUCAGGCAGUGCUACGCAAGUGUUUCAUCAGGUUUGUUCAUUCGAGAGUAACUGUUUGGCCAGUCAGGAGAGCUUAGAAGUGAUAUCUUUACUUUAGGAUGCAAAGUGAUCCAGACUGUUGGCCAAAACAUGAGUUGGGUCUUAUAACCUGAAAUUGAAUCCCUCUCCCCCCCCUUCCCAAAAAACUGCAACCUCGAUAAGAAUUUAGUACAGUUUUCUUGUACGCAAUGCCUUCAGAGGCUUUGAAGAUUUGCAUCCCGAAUUUCAUUCCACGGUAUCCCAUAAGUAAUACUGACGCUAAUUGACGUUCUCUUCGUCCACAGGAAAUGUUAAACUACACUUUAAAACCAAGCUACGAAUACCAGGUAAAUCUCAUUACGAAAUUCCUUUUGCGCACUUCGAUACUAUCGAUGUAAAGUGUACAGUUUGGAUUGAAACAGGUUGAUCAGUCUGGCGUCUGCACAGUCAGAAGUUUUAAAAGUUUGAGUGUAUUUUCUCUGACUUUUCUUAAUUUUUAAAUGUUUCCCCUUCCCAUGAUGAUUUCAGAGAAACUCUUAUGAGAUAGAUAAAGAAGCGUCUCAACAUUGAUCAUAAUUACUGUUGUAUAAUUCUAGGACGAUCCUUGGAAACAUUAUUCGAUAAAGAAAGACACGUCUAGCGAUUCUCCACGGAAGAAAGCUUCCUUUAAGGAAGUAGCGAAGUAAGUUAAAUGUAUUCGUCGGCGAAGGCGAGUAAAACGUACACUGUUCUUUUCUUGAAAUAAGAGCUAAAGAAAUGUUUAAGGGUCCUUUCUUGCGGAAGGUCAUUGCUGCUCUCAGUUAAUGUCUGUGAAAAAGUCCUUAUGAAGCUUCUUUUGUGUGGUUAAUGAACAUGUACUGUGAAACAGCGUGUGAUGUUGAAGUCGUACUUCAUGUCACAAAGGGCACAAUAAAGAGAGUCCUUUGCUAAAAAAAGGAGAGAAGGAGGAAGAGGAAGUAGGUAAAGCUGUUACUUGAGCCUCUGUUCCACUGAGAACAAUCUAAGCGAAGAGCACUGAUUCUCUAGAAAAAGGUGAUUUCUUUUGUCAGACUCAGACUAAUUACAUGGCGGUAACAGUACUCAUCGCUGUAAUUGCAUUUUCGCAAGAGAUCUAUUAUUAUGCCUCUUCAUCUUUCAACUUCGAGAACCGUUGGUGUUGUUCCGGAUCAAUUAAUCAGCAUUCUUUUUUGACUUGGGCUGGUCAAGAUCUAUUCCAGAUAAUUUAUGCAGUUCAGUGUCAUCCUUCGGUGGAAAGGAAGGUUGAAAAGCUUGAAAUUGCCCAGACAGUUAUGUUUUUAGCAAUCAAAUCUAUGCUUACUUCCUUUGUAGGGCUGUUAAAUUUUCCGCUAAAUUAUUUAGCAAAGCUUUGGCUAAAAGACAGAAGGCUGUUAUCCUCUAUGCCACAGAAACAGGAAAAUCAGAGCGUUAUGCCAAGAUGCUUGGAGAACUCUUCUCUCAUGCGUUUGAUCCGAAGGUUAGGAAUGUUUGAUUAUGAGAUUAUGUUACAGUGGUCCAUGUAUUAACCCCUUGACUCUUCAGAUCAGUGACCAGCGUAUUAUUUCUCCUUACAUUAUCACCCCUUGAAUCAAUCAUUAAGGUCAUGAGAAUAUAGGAAAUUAUCACCGACUAAAUAAGCUCUUUAUUGUUAAUCAAAUUCUCCCUGUCAGCUCCUCAGGAAAAGUGUUGAGAAUAUUCAUACUGAUGUUAGGGAAUAAAGGUUAAGGGAAACCGACGAAGAAUUUGAGACUUGAGUCUCUUUCAAGGCCUUCAUGUUGUUUUGCUUGACUAGGUAGAGGUUUAAUGGUAUUUGUGAAUUGAAUUUGAAUUGUCGUGACGAAGGAGCGCUUUUUGAGAAAUAGUUCUUAUUACCGUUUUACUGUAUGUAUUUUACAGGUUGUUUGUAUGCAGGACUAUGCAAAUCCUGAGAUGGAAAACGAACAGCUUGUCCUUAUUGUAACUAGCACGUUUGGAAACGGAGACCCUCCUGAGAACGGAGAGGUGAGCCGAAAUUUAUGUGCUACUCUUUAACACUUUGCAAACAUUGUAGACAUAGGGGUGCUGAUGAAUCCCAGUCCUAUAGGCAGUAACGAAAAGAAUAGUGUCCAUAAGUAUUCCCUCCCCCCCCCCCCCAUUGCCAUCUUGAACGAGAUGAGAUCUAAGUGAGGCCUAUUCAUCCUACUUUACCACUUACAGGGACACCAUGACCCUCACAACCGACUCUUAAAAUUUCGGUCUAUAUUUAGGCGGCAUACAAACCUUUAUACCACUGUAUCACCCAUUAGCCAUUGCCAAAUGAAACGGAUUUUUGCUGUAAUUUGCAUCCAUGAUUUUCUCCUCAGGAAUUCGCUCGUUACUUGUACGAACUCCGCCACCCACCAGAUGGGUAAGUCAAAUCUUAUUAGGUUGGAAGCCCAUUCAAUUUUUUGUUUAAUCCCUACUCAACAAUUGUAUUUCGUCCCUAGAAAACUUUCACGCCAAGCUUCUCUUUUCAAUCCUUUAUAAUAUCAUCAUAAACAUUAUUAUUGCUGUUAUUUCGCUUAUAAUCUGAUCGUUAAAUAGGGGAUGCAGAUUUUAUUUCCUCGCUAUUUCUUGUGUUUUAGAAGUCGAUCGUCGCGCAACAUGAUGAAACAACUCGGCAGCCUGUUGGUUCAAAAAGAGAAGGAAAAACGUAUCGAUGUAAUGAACAAUAGUCAACCACUUGCUAACCUCAGGUAAGCAAACAAAAAAAUAUCCCAAAAAAUGAGACACAACGAGAAAUUCCUACGUAAGUGGUUGUUCUAAAAUCGCAUAUUAGACACAUCGCGUUUGGAGGAUACAGUUCCUGAUUAAAGAGACCAGUCUAAACGAAAUGUGUAGAAUUCGAACAGCUAUAACCAAGUUAAGAUACGGAAAACAUUUAGUGACGAGGGUACAAAUGAACUUGUAUAAAAGGAACUCCAAAAUUCGAGUUUUUAUUCCACAUAAACUUAGACCCUACAUGUUUAAUUAAAAAUUGAAAUUAUAACUGACGACGCGUCUGUUUGUUUAAUAUACUAUGUGACAGUAGAACGGAGUCGCUUAUUUACGAUGUGUCGCUUGCAAGGGUUAAUACAUAUGUUUUAAACUUUAAAGAUACUCUGUGUUUGGCCUGGGCUCCAGGGCCUACCCAAACUUCUGUGCAUUUGCUCGCUCGCUUGACAAGAUCAUUCGGGAACUUGGAGGAGAGCCCGUGUUGAAGAUGGGAGAAGGGGAUGAGUUAUGUGGUCAAGAGGAGUCUUUCAAAAUGUGGGCCAAAGACGUAUUUAAGGUAAAGAACAACAUGUUCGGAGAAGCUUACUAACAUUAUAGGUUUGCAAGCCCGUUUAACCGUUAACUGUUAGACUCACCCUGAAAGCUGCCUUAUUCUCUUCAGAACGAGUGAAAAUAUAUGGGAACUGAUCGAAGUAAUAAAUACUAGAGGACUGAAAUACGGACAUUUUUGAGAUAUGAACGGUAGCUGGAAGUUGAGUGUUGUUCCUUACAGCUGUCUGAGGCUUUCCGAUUGAAUGCCGAUAGUCAAAACGAACCAAAAGCAGUUGCAAUCAUUUCCCAAUCAAUUUAUCUUCCCCUAUGUCAAAUUCCAAGACCUAUUGAAUUUAUUUGUUUUUGAAUCCUCAGGCCGCCUGUGACUCAUUCUGUAUCAGUGACGAAAUAACAAACGAGGCCAGUCAGUCUCUAGACACAGUACCGAGCGGCUGGGUACCAGGCCGCUUUCGGCUUGCUACAAUUAUGAUCACCGCCGUGCAUGCUUUUACUGAAGCAACUGAUGGACCGGACGGACACAGUGAAAUUGUCCGAGGUUAGAAAUGUGUUCAGAGACCAUUUUGAAUUUAUUAAUUAGCUAGUUUAACCUCUCACCGUUAAGCCGGGCGAAGUAAACUUCAGAAACAAUGUAAUUUGUCACCGCCAUUAGACAAUUGUGACACUGAACUCGUUUUAAAAAAUAAAUGAAAAUUACGAGGUUCUUGAAAGUGACACUUCUCCCUUAAUUAACAGGUAUUUGAAAUGGCGCGGAUUCUUAUUUAGCUAUAUAACCAAAAUGGCACAAAUACUUGCUAGGGACACGAGACUGCAAUUGCUUACAGAGUAGAUCAAAUUACAAGUCUAUUAUAUUUCAUAUUUGAAUAUUCUGUCAUCUUUCUUGCCAUCCAAUUAUUUAUUUGAUUCCUUCUUCUCUGUAAAGGUUUGACUCAUAUUUGUGGUAAGACAGUGCGAUCUGCGACGUUGUUAUCAGUGAAGAACUUGCAGUCUCCUGAAUCCAGGUCAGUGAAUGAGUAAAGAUGUCUUUUCUUUAUUGACGCUCUACCUUUUUGACUUGCAAGAACCGUCUUUUUGCGUCGUGAAAAGUCAAACAAUAUGAGUAGUAAAACCUGAACCCUUACAAUGAUGGAGCUGUAAGGCCUUCCAAAUUAAAAAUGUAAGCUUUCAUUUGGUUCUUGUAAUGACUCCGGUUGCGUAUCAAUGACCCUCGAAUUAAAAAGCGCUCUGAGGGGGUAGUUGUUGUGGAAAAAUGGUCGUGAAUAGGCCUAAAAUGAGGACGGUUACCAAGCGUCAUUCAGCUACAGUUACCGGCUUCGAAGACGGCUGUUACGAACACAUAUCACUAGUCAAAUCAAGGGAAUAUCACCAAUGAGUUUAGCUUAAAAGAAUGCUGACUAAGGGGCCUGUUCCCACACCGAACACGAUUGUUCAACAUGCUUUUCGGCUGACAUUUCGCAAGCGAAGAAUGGUGAGCUUCCUAUUAUUGUUUAUUUCACGCACUUGAGAUAUACUCACUCAUUGUCUUUCCACAAGACCACACUUGUGCUUUUCCUAUCGUAUGAAAAUCCCAUCAUUGUAGUUUCCAUCGUAUUUUAAUAACAGAAAUAUAUCAUAUUACGGUAUAAUCGUGCCUCGUGUUACAGCUGACUCUUUCGUCAAAAGUCAGCUUUUGGUUUGCUAAGGGAAUUACUGUACAGCAACGAAACUCGAGAGCACUAAGCAAGGGGAACCUUCGUCACACUUAGUGCGAGGGAAUAAAGUGUUAUGGCAACAGAAACGAUCACAGCUACCCAUUCUUGACUUUGAUUUCGUCAUGGAAAACAAAUUGGCCACCGUAAAGAGUUUAAAGGCUGACGUUUCGGGCGUUAACCCUUCGUCAGAGCGAUUGAGAGGUUUCUCAGUUUCCCUACGUCAUCACCCGCUAAUUCGUUACCAGUCCACGGGACACUUUGUAAAUAAAAUAAGAGCACUUUAUGGCCCGAAAAAACGACUUUUAAGUUUUUUUAAAUAUAUCUUCUAUCGUUAUCGGUUUUUACAUAUGAUAAGCUAAAUAUUUACGCCAAAAAAAGGUUUCAUGACAUAUGCUCUUAGAAAAUGUUUAACUGUGUCAAAUUUGUCAAAACUUAGCAACAGGUAACGAUUCCGUGACUUCAAUUUGACCACCUAGCGCUUCACAUUUACGUUUCACAUUUGCACUUCACAUUUACGUCGUUUCUGUGUCAAACUUGCUAAAAUAAGCAACAGGUAACGAUUCCGUGAUUUCAAUUUGAUCACCCAGGGCUUCACAUUUACGUCGUUUCUGUUGACUCCACGUAUACCAACCACUUAUGACCUCAUUCAAUUGAAUAUAAAUUGAAUGCAUUUAACUUAAAACACUCAACGUUUCCAACUCGUACCAAUUGUCUAGUUGCCUCCUAAAAAUUCAAAGAACAUGAGCCGAAAAACCCAAACUCAAACGAUGAUGGAGUUAUGUGAGGCUUUCCGAAAUAGGAAUCAUUGCUGUUCUCCAGGAGAUACCGGUCUGAAGCAGCCCGAAGGGGUUACAACACAGACUUCGUUCCGCAAAAUUCAAGAAACAUCGGACAUUUUCUGUUACCGUGACACUUCGCUCCUCACGAAUGAAGAGACACCAACGAUUUCUUGUACUACGCUGUCGACGAAGUGCGAAGAAGCGCCAGUAACAGCGAAUUCCUCGUCUCAGAGUGUAACGGGGGAACAGAACCAGGCCUAUUGUUGUGCAUCCAAAGCUCCCAAGAAGAAUACACUUUGUUUGCCUGCAAUCAACGAACGGCGAAUAAGAGAGCUUAGUUGUAGUUUGGUUCAAGAUCAGUUUCGUGUCAGAGAGAAACAGGUUGAGGUCCAUUGCUGCAAAAUAACACAGAGUUUAGUCAGACAUCCUGAAGGUCAACAAAAAGAGAGGCGGAGAGGAGUAGCGGUGGCCAAACCGGUGUUAACGUCACGUAAGAAUGAUAUUGUCAAAAGUUCAAGAAAAAGAUCACCAGCAGUCCAAACUGAAGGAGAGAUUCUCAGGCCGAGCUUAGUUCGUCGAACGCGAGUGACAGUUAUGGUGCCCAAGCGUCAAGGGGACGAGCCGGCCAUGGAACGAUCAACAAAAAUUUCACACAGGAAGAACACGAUUGGUGGAUGCCAUGAACCUCGGUCAGUUUCUGAAAAACCUGGAAAAAUAAAGAACAAGCAGAGAGUUAAGCGAAAUCAGAUCACUAAACAUCAGCAGAAGGGGACUGGUGACCAAAUGCAACCCAUAGAUAGAAGAGUUGCGCCUGUGGUUCAAGUGGUGCAUCUGCGCAGAGUUGCGCGUCAGAAUGUGACUGGUGAUGUGCAGGUCACCGAUAGAAGGGAUGGACUCUGCGCCCAAACAAGCCCUGACCAACAACAGCUGAUGUUUAUGCGUGUUCUGCGGAAACGAUUCUAAAAUGUCAUAAGGGAUUAAAAAAAACAAACAAACAAAGGGAAAAAAAAGCAACAACAACAACAACAACAACAACACUGCCAACGAAAAUGUUUGCGUUAUCAACUGCAGAACUGCCUUUUUCUUUAUUUUCAGCAAUACCAAAAACUCAUGCCAUACCCUCAUGAAUUCAAACUUUCGAUCAUUUUCCCGCCCGUCAGACUUUUUAUUUGUUAAAACUGGUGUUUGCCGUCGUUCUGAUUGGCUGUUGUGGUUAUUAGGUAUUUUAUUUACGACAUUCGAUCUAUAUGCACUUUAAAGAGGUAGUUUUCGGCCCAAAAUGGUCGUGAACAGGCUUGUAAUAGAGGGUGUCAUUGGGAUCUAUGCUUUGUUCAGUUUCAGCAUUCUGAUGAAGAAUUUCACGUCGAAUAUCUUCAUAAUAAGUGCAUGUUGCUCGAUUUCUUUAGUUUAAUUAUCUAGGGCGAGUACUCCUCGAUCAUGUAUCAUAAGAUGUGAGGGGUGUAUAAACGAUAAGCUCUGUAAAUCGUAUUUGUACAAGAAUAAAGUUGAUUCUACCAGAGUUCGAAGCUCUCGAUAAGUGGCUCCCAAUGAGUAAGGGUGGGCUGAAAACAACAACAACAACAACAAAGAAAAAAAAAAAGAAAGAAGCUUGCGAAUCAUGAUCUCCCUCGUAAGCAUGACUGUCUGAAAGCAACUAGCUAAUCUCUUGGAAAAGGACAUGGACAGUCAUGACAUUUGAAAAAAUGCUUAAAAGUGCAAUAUCAUAGAAUUCCUUGAAACCUACUGAAAGUAUUUCAGUGUUGUUCCUUUUAAAGUUAACCCGUUAACUCCCACGCUCUCAUUAGUAGUUCUUCUUACUGAUUGCCAAGCGAUUCUCAUUAUGUUAGUCUGGAAAAAUUGGUAUCGGAUCAAUUAGUAAUAUCAUAAUUGAUAUUUUUCUCUAUUCUCAUCACUUGUCUGCAUGAUAUCGUAUAAAUAUAGUCGGGAGAAAUUCUGUCUUGGUCAGUCACGGGAGUUAAAGGGUUAAAAUAUUAUAAAGGUGCCUAAAGAUUGCCGUUGUCAGUUUUCUUCGAGAGCGACAAACACAGGAAGAAGGCAUUUCUUGAAUAAAGGCUGAAAAUCAGACAAAUUAUAACUUAAACGCUAUUUUUUUCUUUAAGUCGCUCGACCAUCUCAGUCCGGCUCAAAACAGAGAACAGCACAGAACUGCAGUACAAACCAGGUGAUCAUGUGGCCAUCUUUCCCGCUAAUCGCCCAGAGCUGGUGCAAGCUUUGAUUGACAGGCUAUCAGAUGACGUCGAUCCCGAUAAACCAAUCGUUGUCGAGGCCUCACGAGAAGUCAAAGGUGAACUUUAGUUCAGUUAAAAAAAAAAUUGUGAGAUAUUUUCAGUGACCAGUCAGCACGUCGUCUAUACUUAACCGAAAAUCUUCCAACAGCAUUUCGUCCAGUUUCCUUGACAGCACGCCGGCCCCCAUUCAUGCUCCGGGCUGGAAAAGGCUCUGAAGGAAUUUAGUAUCCUGCUUAGAACACACUAUCAAUUACCAAAGAGGGGUGGGAUCAAACGUCAGGUGAGAGAAGGUAACAAUUUUACUGCGAUUCUUUACUUAGGUAUUCUAAAAACAGCCAAGAAAUGGGAAACUUACAACCGUCUUCCGUCACAAAUCACACUGCGUCAAGCUCUCUCACGUUACCUGGACGUCACAAGUGUUCCUUCACCGCAGAUCCUGAAAGCUUUGUCUGCUACGGUAAAGUCUCAACGGUUGAACCAAUUAUUGUGAUUUACAAUUCCGCUACAGUUCAUUUUAAGUCUAACAGAUUCCUCUCUCUAAUGCUAAUACCAGUGCUUUUUACUGUAGUUCCAGUUUAUUUUAUUUCGAGCCCUGAAUAUCACGAACUUUCCUGUACGUCGGCGGGGUAUCUGGGUUGGGACGAGUAACAGUGUAUCACUGUCAAUUUCGUUUGGUUAUCUGUAAGAUCCCAUUCGUUAUCGCAUCCUGUACCCCAGGAUGCGAUAACGAAAGCCUACUUUCGUAGUUUUCGUUUAUCGGCAACAUCUCAUUUCCACUUAUUCGUUUGUCUAUAUUUUCGACCUACUGAACUAAGACAUUACCAUUUUAAAAUCCAUUUAAAAAUUUCCACACUUCUUUUUAGGCUACUGACCCGGCAGAAAAGGAAAAACUUGAAAUUCUUAGCCAGGUGAGGUGUUCCGUCUGUUCCUCGUUAUAUAUGUAAAAGCCCUUCUAAGUUCUGAACUUGAGUCUUCCUUCAUAAAUGCUUUUAAUUUAACUCUUUCGUUUUCUUUUGUCUAUUUCUUUUUCUCUCAGGGUAAUAACCGAUACGAGGACUGGAAGUUUGGAAGUGAAUGUAACAUUCUUGAUGUGCUGCAAGAGCAUCCUUCCUUACAAGUUCCAGCUGACUUAUUACUCACCCAGCUGCCUUUGUUGCAGCCGGUAAGUCACACUGCUUGAUAGACCUGAAAGAAGUUACAAUCACCUAAUUGUUUACGGUGAAACCCGCUAAAACAAUCCCGUUUGAUGACGUUGAUAAGUAAAGGUCCCCCUAGGGUAGGAGCACUUUGGUGAAUUUAUUGAAGGAAAUAAACAUGCGCAUCAUAUAAACUGGGUGUGGGCAGUACUUCCGAAAAAAAAAAAAAAAAAGGUUGGAGUCUACAGUAGCAUCCUAAUGGCAUUGAGAAGCCUGCAUAAAUUAACACUUUUUCUUGACGAAGAGAGGGGCGAACGGUGGAAGGGGGGUCACAUGCUCCUUUGGGCUCCCAUCCCUUUCUUUAGCCUUGGUAGAUCGACAGAAGCUGAAGCUGUCUUUGUGAGAGUCAAACGAGCCUUCUUCGUUAUCAGCCAUAAGUCAUGGUCACUGUUUAAGCCCUAAAUCCAAAAGGGCGACUAGCGUCGAAUCUAUCUUUACAGUAUCACGGCUGAAUCAAACAUUAAGGUCAUGAGAGUAAAGGAAAUGAUCACCAACUGAAGGCGCUUUUAAUUGUUAAGCAAGUUCUCAUUGUUGGGGACCAUAGAAAUUGUGACGAGAACGGUUUGGAGAAAAUUCAUCCUGAUGUUAAGGAGUGAAGUGUUAUGUUAGAGUUUUAAAACCCGUCUCAAAUUAAUGGGACUGAGAUAGAAUGUAAAGUUUGUUUUUGCUCAAAGUGAAACUCCUUAACGCGUUACCAGCCCACUCUAAGAGCAAAGAUCUCAAAAAGAAUUUGUGAAAGUCCCGUGUGUGUACCUUACUCAAAGUUAUGACAAAGCUGAUUAGAGACUUUCUGAAUCUCCUUUCAUAAAUUACUACGAUCUUUAUUAAAAUUAUUUCUUUGUUAUCAACAGCGUUUCUACUCCAUCUCAUCAUCGCCAGACUUUUUCCCAGGUGAAGUUCACCUCACAGUGGCAGUGGUACAAUAUAACAAGAGAGGUAAGGUAGUUGAUUCUGCAGUAAGAAGAAACACGAGUAAGUAAGAAAUAUGAGGAACUGUGUUUAAUUGGAAAUUCUCCCUUGACAAUAGAGGUCAACAAAUUUUAUAACAUAGCUAGUAAAUUUGUAUCAUCAAAUUCAAUUGCGCGAGCGUGCUUCAUAUUCCUAUUGUGCACGCUCAUGACGUCAGCAAACAAGUCCCUCGAGAAAAAAAAAAUUUCCAUCGGGUUCAAGAAGCUAGAGUUGCUCUCGGCUACGCUUUCGUGCUCUCCAAACUUCCCGCGUGCUUCAUAUCUCGAUGAACACACGCUGACGUAUGAACCAAUUGUUAGAGAGUAGUGCUUUUUGCGUGCGCUUCAGAAGUGAUUAGCAAUAAUACAACAAGAUGGUGAUGAAAGUAGACUGAAAGUUAUCAGCGUGAUGGUGUUCUCUCAAUAUGACACCAACUAUUUGACAAUAUAAUGUAUAGCAGGUAAAAUGGAGAAAUUUAAUUCGAUUUAUAUCUUAUGAAGUUAAGGAUUAAUUGUGGUAUUCUUCGGAGUUGUGUACAACCUGAUAUAUUUGACGAGUUUUUUUCAUGGAUUGUCUUUGUAACUCUAUGUACUCUGCUGCGUUACGUCUCAGGUGGAAAAGGUCCCGUACAUCAUGGCGUCUGUUCCACAUGGUUAAAUAGUUUGCAACCUGGAGACAAAGUGGCUUGUUACGUGCGGCAGUAAGUCCAUUUCUCAACUUCUUUUGCGUUUUGAAACUCAGUUAGUAUAAAAACGUUGGUAUGUACUGAGUAUGAGUGGAGAAGAAUGAUUUUAAAACUCAGAAAUUCACCUCAGGGCAGUACACACCUUUAAAGUCACAAGAUACCAUGUCCAAUGUGCAUCAUUUAAGUGUUUAUAUGUUCACCAUUUCUCCGCCUUUUUUUCCUCUUAAAUUCCGAAAAAAGGAAACUCUCUGUUUAUCUUAGAUUAGCAAACAUAUGAGAGGCAAGAUCCCCUUUGACCAGGCUACCUAUUUCCUUUGUUAUAGAGCCCAGACCUUUCAUUUGCCCGAAGAUGGCACGGUCCCAGUGAUAAUGGUGGGGCCUGGGACUGGUAUAGCUCCUUUCAGAAGCUUUUGGCAACAGCGCCAAUUUGACAUUGUGAACACAAGUGCUCCUAAGCCAAGGACGUUGGACCUUACACCAGACUCAAGCCCUUUAAUACAGCGUCGAAACUUUGCUUUCACCCGUGGGGACUCCCCUGAAACAACUCCUCCUACGCCACAUCGUUCCUUUGGGGGUAGCUCUUCUUUGCAGCGCCAACUCUUCUCAGAAAAAGAACAGGACGAGAAUGCUUCACAACCUUCGUCGGGAAAGUGGGGCGAAAUGUUGUUGUUUUUCGGAUGUAGAAACUCUACUCAAGAUUAUAUAUACAAGGAUGAAAUGGCGAAAGCGAAAAACGAUGGCGCCUUGACUGAAAUAUGGACAGCUCUCUCACGUGAACCAGGACAGCCAAAAGUAAGGAAAAUUUUUAUUAACGUAACUUAUCCUUUAACUCUUCAAUAACUGCGAACAUAACAAAGUACCUUCAUGUUAGCCUUGCUGUCUUUCCAAUUUUACUAGAGGAGAAAAUGAUAGAACAGCUACUGUUUCUUUCCUCUCAGUGGUACAUACACUUGCCAUUUUACUGUUGAUAAAAAACGUAAAGUUCGCGAGCUUAAGUACUUUUAUAUCCACACGUGCACCCAGUGAACGCUUUUCAUAUUCCCAACGUAACUGAAUAUGAACUAUUUUAUCUUAUUUAGCGAAUCUCAUCUCGUAUAUAUUUCAGAAAUAUGUUCAGGAUAUGUUGAAAAUGGAGGCGUUUGACAUUUGUGACAAGUUGCUGAGUCAGCGGGGACACUUCUACGUGUGCGGCGAUGUGUCAAUGGCAGAGGAUGUUUGCAGAACAUUGCAGGUGAUACCUCUUUGUUUAAGUAUAGUGAAAUUUUCUUACACUGCGCGCGUAGUCGAAGCGCCAGCAAAUAUGACCGUCCCCACCAGUACUGAAGGCAGAUUUUUCUUGAUGAAAAUUUCAGGACCCAGCGAAAGCGUGGUUUACCAAUGAAGCAGUUGGUUUGCUUAUUUUAUACUCCAUUAUUGUAAUAAACGAUCGAUGUACUAUGACGACGGUUAGAUUCUAUGACGUGGUGAAUGUAAAUUUGCGCUCCAUUCUCCCGCUGUUAUUCGCUGCUAAUCUAACUUUUGUCUGAGGAAGGAAGGCCCAGUAACUUCAAUAGUUUUCUGGACACAACUAAAGAAUAUCCGAAGUUAUCAAGGGAGGAUUUAAGCUUCUAAAAAUAGAUAUAUGACAUGGGUGAGAUAAUCAGAUAACUUGUUUUUGCGUUGUGUUUUAACUUCCUCAGACCCUCCUACAAGAGUACGCUGCCAUGUCUCAGCAAGAGGCUCAGGACACAGUAAACAAAAUGAAGGUAACUUGGACGUGUCAUAUUAUUUGGGUGCUCAUAGUGACUGAGGGAUAACUUGCAAUUUAGGAAAGUUCGCGCCUGAAAAAUAAUCCAGGACUGAGAUUCGUACCCCAAGAAUUUGGUAUUGAUUUUCUUUCAGUUUUGAGUGUUACGUGCAUCCUCAUUUGAUUCAGCCUUGAGAUUAUUGUGGACGACAUUUGUCGAACAGGAAAACGUGGUAUUACCUUUUACAUCCCUUGCACUGGUUUCAAACGUUUACCAAAACAAAAAGAAAGCCUUCACCAUUACAUCAAGGAAUUCGGUCGUUUUCAUAAUUUAGUAUGACCAGUAGUCUAUAUUUCAGCCGAUGUUUGGUCUUGUCACGAAAAAGUUUGCUCCUCUAGAGUGAUUUGCGCGUAAGACCAAACAACGGCAACAAAAGAGAUAAGUUAUUCACUAAACAUCCGUUUGUUAUAUUCAAACACUCAGACGUAAAAGAUUAUUGUAUAUCUUUUUCAGAGUUCCGGCCGAUAUCAUGAGGAUAUUUUUGGAGUAACUUUGAAAACGCGAGAAGUGACUGACCGCGUCCGAACCGCAGCUAAAAGGUUUGUUAGUAAAUUAUCGUUAAGCAAGUACGGUGGUUAUGAAACCCAAAGGAUUUAAAUUAUCUUAGGUCCUCGUCAGUUGUUUGGAUCUCCCCGAGAACAAUUUACAAUAGCGUUUCUACUGACUUAUUCGGUCGCUAUGCAGAGUGAACAACGUGAAUACAAUUGAUUGCAGCGCCGGUAUUGCUAUCGUUGAAUGAACCAUCCUCUACUAACAUUUUCUCACUGUUUGAUAAUCAAACAAACAUCCCUUUUAACUUGAGAUUCGUACCACUUUUGUCCUCCUUUGACAGAUCGUGGAUGUAUCUAAAGACUUCUAGUAAAAUGAGGGUGAGUAAUCAAUUGCAAAGAACUUUAACAUCUAAUUUCUCCUUACAAUAUCACACCUGAAUCAAACAUUAGGGUCAUGAGAAUAAACUAAAUGAUCACCAACUAAAGAAGCUCUUGAUUGUCAGACAAAUUCUGAAGAUCUUCGGCGCUUUGAGGAGUGUAUUAUGUAUGACUUCUGAACUGUCUUUUACAUUAGAUAAGUGAGCACAAAUUGAAGCCACGCGCCCCUACUAUUACCUUGCUCAUGGACAGAGAUGGAGCAGAAGGCACUGCAGUGUGAGUACAUCAGUCGGUAAAACCGCAGACCAUACACGUACGUACACUCAUCCUUCCUGGUACAUUAUAUACUUUGUUGUUUGUGUGUUGUAACCUCACGAACAAGAGGUUCUCUUCAGAAUGGAAGUAACCAUUGCAAGCACUGCUCCAUGUUCUUUCGUGCAUGCACCAUUCAACACUGGUCCACAUCUACCGCGCUUUCUUAGCUAAAUCUCACGAAAAGCAGGGGAAAAAAUUAAAAAUCGUCCUUGUCAAACUGAACCGCAAACAAAACUGGUAAUAAAGUCGAAACCGGUUUUUCAAAUUUUUGCUAAUUUCAAGCUGUGGCUCGGCCUCGUUAAAACGUUCCCAUAACCUUAUAACAGACCUUGUCCAGUAUUUGUGUGAAUUGUUUCCUGUAAGAAAAAGAGAAUUGUGUACUUCUUUGGUAAACAUAACAUUUUCCUUUUUACCAAUCAGUGAUUAAAUAGCGUCGGGUCAGCUGACAUUUCUUUAAAAUUGAUAGCCUGUUUAAGUGUUCAAUUAGUAAAACGGAAACAAAUAGUAAACGGCGCGACAGUAGCGGCAGAGCCAAAACAAUAAAGGUUUGGUAACGUGACCCGACCCAGGCCUCCCUCGACUUUUUAAGUCCACCUCCGCUGCUGUUGCGCCGUUUACUAUCGCUAACUAACUGAACACCCGGAGGAGGCUUCUGUUUCAGAUCUCUAAUAUAACAGGUUAGCUUGAUGUCAGCCCCCUGCUGUAUAUACUUCUUUUAAAUCUUAAUGAUUUGAUUUGGUUUACUUAAUAAAUUUUUCACACAUUAAUUCAUUGUCCCAAUUCUUUUUUUUUUUUUUACAGUCAAGACUCCACAAGAGAAAGAACUUAUUCAAAUCCAGUGCACUAGGAUGAAAGUUAAGACGAGAAAAACUCAUGCAACUAUAUAGAAGCAGCUUGUGCUUAAAACGCAACAAUCAAAAUGCAUUUAUGAUCUAGAAUAUUGAAAUGCCUCAACCCAAUAAUUUCCAACAACAAUGUUAUAAAUUUAUUAAGUUAUGACAGUUGAAAUUAAGAUUAUGCCAGUAAAGCGAUAUUAUAUUUGUUAGGAAAAUUACCAGGAAAAUAAAGAAAUAAGUAGAAUUGGCCUCGAGAACGUUAGAGCUUUAUUAUUAGGAACCUCAAGUAGCUAGAAUUAUAGAAUUUAUUUGCAAUUAUCAACGAAAGAAAAAAUACUCCAACAAUAUAGGAAUGAUUUUUUUCUCUUUAUUGCAUCUUGGUUAGAAAUUACUACAGCUAUUAAGUAAUUUUGAUGCUGAAACAGGACAGAUGAAAUUCCUUUUGUACAAGAACUCUCCCGGCUUUUGCUCAACCUCUUAUCAGUCAUAACACUGAAAGCGAAAUCCAUCUGUCGGUUUGUAAAAACUCGAUUGUGUCUUGCUUUCUCCAUUUCGUAGGCUUGCAAUCCUUUUUCAGAACAUCAUUCAAUCCUACAUAAAAUGUUGAAAUGUGCCCUAGAACAAUAAUAUUUAAAUCAACUCUAUCCUAUAACAGAUUCAGACAUGAGAUAGUAAUUGAGCGAUAUGUAUAUACGUAUAUUGUAUUGUGCAAUUAUAUUAUGCAAUACUGCUUUGCACUUUUGAUUCAAUCGGAUUACGAGCUGGCAUUCCCUCGCUUCUCCGAGUUCACACGAUGCCAGAAUGUUUGGUUUUUGCGAAGGAUUACUGAGGGAGAGAAGUCUGGAUCGAUCGUAGUCUAUGGCUACAUCGAAAACAGUGUCCAUAUGUAUUCACUUUCUUGAUUGUUGAUUAUAAACGUUGAUGUUGAUGCGUUUUAUUGAUUAGCGAGAUUGUUACAUAAAAUAAUGGCAAGGAUGUUAAUUAAAUUAUGAAAUGUAC